CGCCGUUGCCACGGGCAACGCGCGGCGACCUUAGCAACGACGCCGCCCAGAACCGACCGAGAGGUAAAACUCGCAACUUCAAAAAGAGACUUUUAAAACCAACAAAAAAACCCAACUAAUACGCAUUUUUAUUUUAGAAACAAAUUCGAGCAACGGCUCAUCGUAAUUGUGUUAUAAACGAUUUUUUUUGUUUGUUUAAUUAUUUGCUGGCGGAGGUCUCGAACGCGGUGCGGAUGAUGAUGAUGUGAUCUCGACAUCUCCCUAUUCGCUGUGCUGCAGUGUGGUGGGGUGACGGACGAGAGGUGGCAGAGGGCCUGUUGAGUGCCCCACGGCAGGAGUUACCGCCAUGGGCCUUCUUGGUCCCUUCGAUGAGGAUGAAGCAGAGAUGCAGAUGCUGCUAUCAAAGCCACUUUGCCUGCUUGUCCUUGGAAAGCCGGGAGUGGGGAAGGCCACCCUGGCUAGGAGACUGACCAAGGUGUGGAGAUGUGUCCUGGUUGAAGGUGUGGCUGUAAUUCAGCAACAUAUUGAUGCACAAACGGAGACUGGAAUCAUGCUGCAGGAACGGCUGGUGAAGGGGGAGGUCAUCUCGGAGGAGACGGUCACCCGCCUGCUGCUGGAGAAGUUGGCCUCUCCACAGGUGGCUCACUAUGGAUAUGUGCUUUGUGGUUUUCCAUCUCUUAGCGAAGAAAACCUCACAAUUCCUCAGCAAAUAGAGCUGAUCAAAAGUUGGAGCUUGAAGCCUGAUGUUAUUAUAAAUAUUAAGUGUCCCAAUGACGACCUGCACAAGCGGCGGACGCGGCAGCGCCAGGACCCACUCACGGGGCAGGUGUACGUGCUGGAUGAACUGGGCCGGGAGGCAGCACGCGACGGCAAGAAUCCACAGGCGGACAAUGCCACCGAGCGAGAGGAGGAGGGCGAGGAGAUGGAAGAGAAAGAGGAAGAGGCAGAGGCUGGGCUGGAUAAGGGGCUACUAUCCCGGCUUGUGCGGAGACCGGGUGACUCUCCAGAUGACGUCAUGCGUGUCAUUACGCUCUACAACGACACUCUAUUGCGUCCACUGGAGGAUUUAAUGGCAGAUCAUGACCCACGUUACUUGAUUGAGCUGGAUGGCAAUGAAAGCCCAAAUGCACUCUUGGAUGGGGUGCUUGCACGGCUGAAGAUGCUGGGCCUGCAGGAAGCCGCCGUGCCUGUGCACCUCCAGGGAGAGGACGACCUGCCAAGUGACCUGGACCCGGAUGAAGUUCUGCGUGCCGUGUCAGGCUGGCAGCGGCCCGGGGCUCGGCACCGCUGGCGACGGAGCCGCUGGGGUGCUGUGUGCCCGGUGGCGCUGCAGCAGGGGAGUCUGAAAAUCGGCAAGGCUGAGUUCGCUAUCAGUUUUCUCGACAAGAUGUACCUGCUGUCAUCUGAGGAAGCUCAGGCGAAAUUCUGUGCCAACCCACGAAGCUAUCUGAUGGCCCCACAGCCAAAGCCACCGUGUCAUGUGGUGGUGAUGGGACCAAGCACUGCUGGAAAAACCACGCUGUGUCACCUGCUGGCAGACCACUACGGAGCUCGGGUGGUUAACGUGGCAGAGCUAGUGCGGCCAGUAAUCGAGGAGGAGAAGCAACGUUCGGUGGAGUUGGCACGGGCAGAGGCGCUGGCUGUUGCGCUGGAAACAGUACGGAGUCGGAAGCAACAGGAGCAGCUAGAGAGGAUGCAGGCGCUCGCAGAAAAAGCUGAGCCGGAAUACGAGGUGGCUAAAGAGGGGCAGGCAGCAACAGAGGAGGAGGAGCACAAGCCUGGCGUAACAGCCAAAGCGACAGAAGAAAUGGAAAUCUCUGGUGACGAAGUCGAGGAGGAUUUCGUGGUCGCUGAGCCUGGAGACUCAGGUCAGACAGAGGCUGACGAGAGAGAGGCUGGAGUGCUCGGUGAGGGUGUGGGAAUGGGCAGUGAGUUGGAGGGUGGCGAGGAGGAGGAGGGUGGCGAGGAGGAGGCUGGUGACGAGGAGGGUGACGUGACGGCCGAGCACCCCGAGGUGCGAGCACUUGUGACGGAGGCGGUUCUCCAAGCGGAGCAGGCUGCUAUGGGACUGCCUGCUGAGACCUACGUGAACGUGCUGGUGAAGGCUCUGUCCGAUAUGCGCAGGGAGACGGAUGAUGUGGAGGGUGCGGGAGUGGCAGCACAGGGCUGGGUGCUCGAUGACUUCCCUGCUGACCAGGAGCUCUGGGCCACGCUGCUGGCAAAGGGGCUGUGCCCGGACGAAGUCUUCUGCCUCGUGGACCCCAGUACAAAAAGUGAGUUGCUGCUUUCCAGGAUGUACUCUAAGCACAAAGAGGAGGUGGAUGCCAAGAGGAAGCAGAGGAGGGUGCAGCAGCUAGAGCAGGAGAGACAAGAAGCCAAUGCAAGGCGGCAAGCAGAGUUGGAAGCUCUAAGGGAACAGCAGAAAGAGAAGUUGGAGCAGCCUGAGGAUAUCCACGACAACGGCAGAGAAGCAAAUGCUGACAAGAGCGGUGUUAUUGAAACAAUUUUGGAAGAACCGCUGGAGAGUAGUACUGACCUGAUCAUGGAGGCUGAGCAAGAUGCUGCCCUGGAGGAUGUCCCUGAGGGCGGGUUCCCGGCGGGACCAGAGAUGGAGCGGUAUUACGAGGAGGUGGUGACUUUCAAAUCCGCAUGGCAGCACUGCUCGGCCAUCAUUGCUUCAAAGACUUCCUUGCAGCCACUCGUGAUAAACAUCACCGAGAAGGCUCCCCGAGAGAUUCUGAAGCAAGCGACCACCAACAUGGAGCGGCUGCUUUGGUACCGUGCGACAGAAGUAACAGGGGUGGACCUGGAUGAGGAUGAGGAGGAUGCUCGAGCAGAAAUGGAGGAGGUUGAAGCAGAAGGUGAAGAGGAGGGAAAGGAAGAGGAGGAGGAGGAGGAGCAGGACGACGACAAGCAUAAAUCUAAAAGGCAGCUGGGUGACAGCAGCCAUUUCUGCCCCGUGGCACUCAAGCAGAGGUUUGUUCUGGCACCGGGAAACCCAGAGGUGGCUGCCAAAUACCGCGAACGUGUUUACUACUUUACGAGCCCGGAGGCUCGCACUCAGUUCUGCGAAAGCCCGAAGGAGUUUGUCGCUCACAUGGAGCCUCUGCAGGCUCCUCCACUCCGCAUUGUCAUGCUGGGGCCUCGGGGUGCUGGAAAGAGCAUGUGCGCACGCUGGCUGGCCGAGAAGCUGGAGAUCUUCCACAUCCAGUUCCGGGAAAGGCUGCGGGAGCUGGUGACAACAAAGGGCAAGCAAGCUGUGCCACAAGAACCCAGUUCUGACAAAAAGCCACCAGAGGACAACCAACCUCAACGGCAGCAAGAGGUGGAGGGCGGCUGGCAGAAGCAUGCGGAGGCCGUGGAGGCUUACCUCUCAGACAGCGAGCCACUGCCAGCACAACUGCUCGAUAAACUUUUCCUUUCCUGGUGGAACGAGGAGCCCUUCAGGUCACGAGGGUUUAUUCUGGAGGGCUUCCCCAGCACCCCAGAUGAAGUGCAGUACCUGGCUGAGAGGGCACUGUUCCCAGAGGUGGCUGUGCUCCUCAAUGUCAUGGAGGGAGAUGUCAUCAAGCGGCUGUUGCCUCCACAGCUCGACAAGUGGAGACUUGAGAAUAAUCGCAAGUUGGAGGAGCUCGCAAAAAAGAAGGCUCUCAACAAGCAGCUGCAGGAGGAGAAGCUUUCUAAAAGGACAGCCAACCGUCUGGCCCAUCAAGCAGAGAUAAGAGCUGCAAGGCUUGAGAGACGAAGAGCAAGAGAACGGGAUAUGGAGAUGAGCGAUGAGGAGAGUCAGGGGAGCGAUCCCGAGGAGGAGCCUGAUGAUGAUGAUGAGGAGGAGGAGCAUGAAGAGGAGGGCGAGGAGGAAGAGUUGGAAGAGGAAUCGGAUGUGGCAGAACGUAUAAAAACUGAGCUCGGAGAGAAAUUUGACGCUGAUACGAAUGCCUUGCAGAAUGUGAAGGAGAGUUUGGAGAAUGUGUUGGUGGACAUCCUGGAGGUGGAUGGGAGUCGCAGGCGCCACAUUGUACAGCACAAGCUGUGGGAGCGGCUGGGCCCUCAUCUCCCCGCUAACCGAGGAUCCUUGCUCCAGUCGUGUAUUCCCGUCUCAGCCCGCCUCGCUCAGCGAAUGCUUCUGCUUUCCUACAAACAGCUGAGCUGCUUUGGGUACCGUGAUCCUGUCAAGAUGUAUGAAGAAGAUGUCCUUUCAAAAAGCCAGAGCACUGCAGAAGUGUCAUACCAAGUCAUCUAUCGGCAAUGCAUCUACUUUUUCUCCAGCAAGGCUUCCCAAGACAAGUUUACAGCAAAUCCUGUGCUGUACACAUUUCAGCCACCACCUAAGCCAGCCAUUCCUAUUAGGCUGGCUGUUUUGGGCCCUCCAAAAUCUGGAAAAACCACAAUUGCAGGCAGGCUGGCGCUGGAGUAUGGGGUGCUGCGGCUGUCGGCAGGGGAGGCGGUGCGCAUUGUGCUGGCUACCCAGCCUGGCACGGCCCUAGCAGCACAGCUCACGGCUGUCCUGCUAUCUGGGCAGGCUGUGCCUGACGAGCUGACCACCCGGUGCUUGGACGUAGUACUCAUGCAGCCAAUCUGCCAUACGCACGGGUUUGUGCUCGAUGGCUAUCCCUUGACGCAGAGGCAGGUACGCCUGCUGGAUGCUCGCGGGAUUGUGCCGGUGAUCGUUGUCGCACUGCAGCUGGCGAGUUCGGAGGUGCUACAGAGAGGAUUCCAAGAUUGCAAGGAGCCUGGGAGGUCUUACCCGCAGCUCGACAGCCCCCAGGCACUGGCUGUAAAGAUGUCUCAUCAUCAGAGAGAAGUGGCUGCUGUGCAGGACUUUUACAAGCGUCAACACCAGAAUUGGAUUCUCAUGGAUGGCACCCGGAGCAAGUGGUGGCUGUGGACUGAGGUGCUGCGCCAUGUGGCAGUGAGUGUGCGGCAGAUCCAGGACUAUCUGCAUGACAUUGGCCGAGGAUGGGCGGCCCGGAUUGAGGGUCUGUGCGUGACUCCAGAGGAGUGUGAGGUGCGGCUGGGUGAGUUCAGGGAGUACUGUCCAGUCAGCUUGGCACUCCGCGGGGAGUACGUCUGCUGUGACGCUCCAUCCUUGCAGUGGACUGCAGAGUUCUGCGGACACUACUACAAAAUGGCUUCAGAGACUGAUCUGCAGAUUUUCCUUAAAAGUCCAGAGCAGUUCACGGCUCCGCUGGCACCGCGUGCUCUGCCUCCAAGCGACGCACUGCCCCGUCCCCUCACACCGGCACAAGUAAAGCAGAUGUUCCCCAAGCAGGUGGAGCUUCAGGGCUACUGCCCUGUCACCUACCUGGACGGCCAGCUCAGCUAUGACUGCUUGGUGAAUGGGAGUAUGGAAUUUGCUGCAGAAUACAGAGGAAAGGUUUACACUUGCCUGUCGGAAACUGCACGGCAAUCAUUUUUGAAGUUGCCAGAAAAAUAUUCAGAUAUUAAACUCCCUAAAAAACUUCCACCAAAGAGAGUGCCGAUAUCACUGACCUCACUUCCAAUGUUGGGCUACCUGGAGCAGGGCUUGUCAACUGCUUUGGUGAAAGCCUUGAGUGCAGUGGGGUGCCUCAAGCCUAAAUACCCCUUCCUUUCUCUGCACCGCUCCGCCCUUCUGCUCGUCGCAUUCCAUCUCAAGACCUUGAACCCUAGGAGUUCCGAGCACGUGAAGACCGAUUACAAGCAGCGACUGCGGAGGUUUGAAGAGUGCUGUGAACUCCUGGUGCACCUGGGUUCCACCAUGCCACGCGCCUUCCAGCCUAUCGACCAGCGCCCACCUGCACUGGAGCACAGUAUGCAGACCUUCCUAGCCAUUGAGAAGCGUGGGUCAAAAUAUCUAGACAAAUCUGCAGGGAUGACCCAGGUAGGGCUUGUAUAACGGACAAGUGAAUGUCAAAUACCAUUAAUCAAUCUGGAGUAAAUGGCCAUAUAUUCAACUUUGUUAAAUUUUCAUAACAUAUUGAAGAGUACUUAAAGUUGUGUGAUGGAUAUAUAAGCAGGACUCUCUUCUGUGACUCCACACAUACAUUAAAUAUUUUUAGUCUAUUGGCCUAUUGACUUUUUGUUAAUUGAAUUAUCUUGCACAUGUGUUGAACCAAUUUUGCAAAUAAAAAGCUUUAAACGAU